GUCGAUGAUCGUAUGUUGGCUCUUCGAUGGUCGUAUGUGGUGGCGUAGAAGAAGCAAAUUAUUCUACAUCGUGAACAUUUUUCUUACUAUUUUUGCUUCAUUACUGUAGUGGACUGAUUGAAAUUUUUGAAUUUUUUUGUUGAAAAAGUGACCGCGUUUACUGUGCCUGAGUGACUUGUGACCUGAAGAUUUUUGAAAAUUCAAUGUCAAGAAUAACGCGCCAAAGUUUGAUAGUGGAGUGAUUUCUUCAUGAAGAGACAGUGUUGUUGAUUCUGGCCCACUGGAAGGGCAGAUUUGGCGACAAACAGUGUGUUAUUGAACUGUCAAAACGGAUUUCCUGGGAGUUCAGGGGUCCCACCCAUGUCCGCCCAACCACCAACUCGUCAGCGUACCUGCUUUUGCAGGUGAGGGUAUUCUAACUGCCGCCCAAGGGGUGGCAGUUGCCCCUCCGCAAAAUUCUGCUUCCAGCAUGAACCAGUUGGGUACUGUAUAUGCGACAAAACGAAGAAGAAGGAAUGGGAAAAGUUUAAAACCAACUCCAAAAGAUGGGGUCACCAAGAGCAACCCCAGCAAAAGACAUCGAGAACGUCUCAACGCUGAACUGGAUACUUUGGCCAGUCUUUUGCCUUUUGAGCAAAAUAUCUUAUCCAAACUCGAUCGAUUAUCUAUCCUCCGUCUUUCCGUCAGCUAUCUACGCACAAAGAGUUAUUUUCAAGUUGCAAUGCACAAAGAUAAAGAUGAUCCAGUCGGGCUCCAUAGGCAACGGGAUCUAACUGCUUUCGACCAUACACCUAUGGACGGAGAAAUGUUUUUGCAAGCUCUCAACGGCUUUCUGAUGAUUCUCACUUGUGAAGGGGAAGUAUUUUUCGCCACCCAUAGCAUAGAAGGAUAUCUUGGCUUUCACCAGUCCGAUAUCGUGCAUCAGUCCGUCUAUGAACUAGUCCAUUCUGAAGACCGGGAAGAACUUCAGAGGCAACUUAUGUGGAACUCUUUUCUCCCACCUGAAUCUACUAAUAUGGGCCUCCAAGACGUUCUCAACCCGGAGAAUACUCAUCUUUUAGAGCGCAGUUUCACUGUACGGUUUCGGUGUUUGUUGGACAACACAUCGGGAUUUUUAAGAUUAGAUAUAAGAGGAAGGGUGAAAGUUCUGCAUGGCCAAAAUCGGAAAUCUGAAGAACCGCCUUUAGCACUUUUUGCGAUUUGUACGCCAUUUGGACCGCCAUCAUUACUGGAAAUCCCCCAAAAAGAAGUGAUGUUCAAGAGUAAACAUAAGUUGGAUUUGGCGUUGGUAUCCAUGGAUCAGAGGGGAAAAUUGUUGCUGGGGUAUUCAGACUCGGAGUUAGCGAGUAUGGGUGGAUAUGAUUUAGUUCAUUACGAUGACUUGGCCUAUGUGGCUAGUGCACAUCAAGAGUUAUUAAAAACUGGUGCUUCUGGUAUGAUAGCAUAUCGAUUCCAAACCAAAGACGGCCAAUGGCAAUGGCUGCAAACUAGUUCUAGAUUAGUGUACAAAAAUUCAAAGCCCGAUUUUGUGAUAAGCACGCACAGGCCCUUAAUGGAAGAAGAGGGCCGAGAUCUCCUGGGAAAGCGCACGAUGGACUUCAAAGUUAGUUACCUGGAUGCAGGGCUUCCUAAUACAUAUUUUUCAGACAGUGAUCAAUUGCUGACAUCACCUACGCAUCCUGCAGUACCUACAACGCCUACCAGAGUAAACAGACGGUAUAAAACUCAACUAAGAGAUUUCCUCUCAACUUGUCGAACGAAACGCAAACUGUCGCAUGGAUCAAAUAGUGGUCAAAUUACUCCGCCCACUAACUCUGCGGUUACAACUUCGGUAGUACCAACAAUGCCUACCACGGUGGAGUAUAUUGCUGAGGGAUGUACGGCAACAUAUAACAUGUACCCUGCCCCAUAUGCUACAACAACUCCCGAUCAUAGUCUCAGCUACAUGACUCAUUCUGCUCCAAAUUUCAAUCACACGUUGUACCCGACAGCUACCGCACUAGACAAUAGGUACUUAACAACAACGGAUAAUAUUUUCCAUCAAUAUAGGCCUCUUAGUACGUACUAUCCAGAAUACCAUCACGCAACACCUUCCAGCACAUAUAACGGCUUCCUAGAUAUGACCCCAAGAGCUUACGAAGCGGCCAGUACAACUCCCACUCAUCAUGCAACUUACCGAGCAGCUGUAGUGGAUGACAAACUGUAUCCUUGCCAUCAGCAGGUAGUCGAGGCAACUCCCGUUAAGUAUCCAACAUACGACGGAACCAGAAGCUAUGUUGUACCGAACAGUAAGUGUCUGGAUGUGGGAUGGCCCUAUUCAGUUAGUCCAUCUUCAGGCAUCAUACAGCCAGUACAAGUGAUGAGUUCGCCUCAGUUGGAACUAGCCGCAACUCCUCACAAGGACGCCCUUAAAAAACCGCACUCUUCUUCCCCACAGCAAGGGCUUAUUACGCCGAAAAUUGAAGAAAUUAAACAAGACACCCCGUUAAUGCAACCCCAAGAUAGUCCUAACAGUCAUCAUAUAGGCACACCACAACAUUUCUCUCCCAUACCUGUUAGCAAUCAAGGAGAUAUGCCUAGUCGGCAAACUGUUCUCAUGUGGGGAUCUCAUAACUCAACACCAGUGAAUAGUAGAAGCCCUACGAGUGAUUGCACUUCGCAGGACUACCAACAUCAUCAAAUCAACUCGGUACCAGUCACAAUGCACCAUCAAGUAACCAGCGUACCAGUUUCAAGCGAACAUUGUGAGUCAUUCCCAAAAGGCUUAUCUGAAAUAAAUGCUCAUCAGUGGAGCAAUACUGAUGAAGGGCCUACAAAGGUAGAAACGGUGGCACAAAAUGGAGAGCCGGAAAGUCCGAACCAGCACCAUGUUAGCCACCACAGUCACCACAAUUCCAGAGUGGUGAUGGUAUUGUGAUGAAUUUGGUGCGUCUUCCCUUGUAAAUAAACUAUUAUUUGAGGGUUUAUAGGGUGUUUUUUUUAAACAAUUGCUUCAACAAACUGCAGCUUUGGGUCAUACAGAAGAUUAACUUCCCAGUGCAAAUGCAAAUAACACCUUAUAUACUCGGCGUAUAAAUAAUAUAAAUAUUUACAAUAGCUGUAAUGUUCAAAGCUGUAAGUAGACGCCGUUGGAGAAGUUAAUUCUGCAAUGUCAUAUUGGAUAUCAGUUUGUUAAUAGUAAAAAUACUUCAGAUGGCUUGUAAUUUUUAAAAAUUCUCCAAUAAGGCAUUGAUUACGAUUCAGAUACGUAAUUCCAAAAUGACAUUGAAUUUGCGUUGUCCAACGCAUAAAUCCUAAUGCACAUGAAAUAUUCCAUGCAUAAAAUAAGAAGUAAACAUAUCUUCCGCAAAUCUAUUUGCGCUUAAACUUACAAAAUUAGUCUUCGAAAAAUCGUGCAAAAUAUAUGUAAAAUCUGGGAUGAGUCUUGUGUGGUUGUGUAAAAUGUCCAUGAAUGUAAAGAAAAUUUGAUAUAUUUAUUGCUUCAUUUUAUUUAUAAUACCUAUUUAUAUUUUUGCUUUAUUUUUGGAGCUUCAGAAGCUCUCCUUUGUUGUUGUUAAAUCGAUAUAUUUUUUAUUCGAGAUGUUUAGCAUAAAAUAUGUUUAGAUUUGAGCUUAAGAAAAUAAAAAAUAUAUUUUAUAUUAGACAUCUUGCGUUCACCAAUGCUAGUCAAUCAAUGGUUACUUGUAUAUUAUUUUGUACUAUACUUUAAUUUAUAUUAACAGAGAUGUGUAAUGAGUGUAAACAAUGUCCCUUAAUCAGUUUUAAGUAGAUUGAUAAACUAAGAAAAUAUUAUCCAGGGGUGUGCUUGAAGCCUUUUAAAUCAGUUCAGUAUUUCCUUAUUGAACUUCAACAUCUCAAUGUUAAUUUUUCAAUUAUCAGAACGGAUACAAUUGAUAUCACAUUUCUAAACAACCCAUAUAAAGUACUCUACAAAUAACUUUAAUAUUUCAUGAGUCUUUGAAGUUUCUUUCUAUAGCUUUUAUUGUAAAGGCUAUAAGUAUUCAAGACAUGUUGUUUCGAAUAUUUUCCAAACGCUGCACAUCCAAGUUAUUCGAAAUAUAAUGAAAAUAAAUCAUUUAUUAUCUACGCAUAUUGUAAAAACCUUACAUAGUGUAUGUAGACCUCAAAUGAAGAAAUACUUACUUGCCCUGCAUUCAAAUAACAACGCAAAUUAGCUACAUUGCAUGUAUAGGUUGGAGCAAUUUUCAGAUGUGUGAAGUAUAAUUCUUAAUUCAAUGUUUAGAACCCCAACUAUUUUCUUCCGUUUGGUCUUCCAAAGGUGCUAAUUCAUAGGAUAAUGCUUGAACUCUUUUCUCAAUGUCUAAUUACUCUCUAUUGAUUCAAAAAACAUUUUAAGCAUGUUUAAAAUAUCUCGAAAAUUUUGAUGUGCUGCGUUUAAUGUUAUAAAAUAAUGGUCGAAAAACGACAAAUUUUACCAUUUAUAGCAUACAAAAAUUUAUAUAAAACAGAUUCCAGUGAUGUAAGAAAAUAAACUAUAUGACAUACAAUAUAAGUUUACGUUCU